CACACACACACACACACACAAAAAGCAAGCAUGAGUGGUGGCAGGAUCAGCCAGCCCGUGGGCAAGAUUGUGCUCACGAACGUGGCCGUGGUGCGCAUGCGCAAGGGAGGCAAGCGGUUCGAGAUCGCGUGCUACAAGAACAAGGUGUUUAAUUGGCGCAACGGCGUGGAGGAGGACAUCGACGAGGUGCUGCAGAUCGCCAAGGUCUACGAGAAUGUGUCCAAGGGCAAGUUCGCCAAGAAAAGCGACUGGUCCAAGGCAUUCGGCGUGCAGAGCGAAGAACAAGCAUGUCGCUCCAUUCUCGACCACGGCGAGCUGCAGGUUUCCGAGGGUGAACGCAAGGCUCUCGUCGAAAACAUGUACCGUGAUAUCGCCACUAUUAUAGCAGACAAGUGUGUGAACCCCACGUCCAACCGCCCGUAUCCGUACACUGUAAUCGAGCGCGUGAUGAAGGAGAUCCACUACGCUGUUAUCCCGAACCGGAGUGCCAAGCAGCAGGCUUUGGAGUUGAUCAAGAAGCUUCCCGAGCACAUUCCUUUGGCUCGUGCCAAGAUGAAAAUUCAAGUGACGACGCCCGCGUCAGGAGUGCAGGCUAUUAAGGCAGGCUUGCUGAAGGAAGGAGCGGAGAUUGUCGAGCAGACUGGCAGCGAGACUGUGCGGAUGGUCGUGCUGAUCACACCGGGGUCGUACCGUAUCGUCAACUCGCUCGUGCAGGAGCAAACUGCUGGUCAAGGCUCACUGGAAGUGAUCGAUCUAAAGAGCCACCAGGAGGGCGAACACACGAUCGAUGACGAAAUCUCACAGAAGACAGAGCGGCUUGGACUGACCAAUACUCCUACUGCUACACCUGCACCUGAACCGGUUGCGGCUGCUAGUGGUGAGACGAAGAAGGCAAGACCAUGCAGCACCUGCGGUGGAGACUUCAGUGCCGACAUGAGCAAGUACCGAGAGCACUUCCGGUCCGAAUGGCACCGCUACAACCUCAAGCGCAAGUCAAAGAAGCAGCCAGUGAUUAGCGAGGAAGAGUUCAACGAACUUGAUACAGAGGACGUGGAGGCUUUCCUCGCCUCUAUGAGCUAAGUAAGCUAUUCAAAGCAAGUACACGUUAGUUCUGGACUGAAGGUUAUGCAGCCGUACUCGCCGUGCGCUCACGGUUCUUUUCUGGAUCACUUGAGAGUGGCGCGGCGACGUAGACUUUUGCACGAUCAAACACUUUGAUGGCGUCCUCGAUCUCCUGUAGUUUCGUCUCCAGUUCGUUCUUCCGUCGGAUUUGAUUGAAAGUCUCGAUACGCAGAGGCAGCGAGUUCAUGCGUAGUUGCGCCUCUGUCAGCGAUUUUCGCAGCACGUUCAGUGUACGCACGCGCUCACCUUCGUCGAGUAGCACCAUCCCUGGAGGGCAGUCUGGGUCCGGUGCAUUCUUACGCCGUUCUUCCUCUUCUUGUGCCCAUUGCUCCUUGCGUUCUAGUAAAUACCGCGGAAUGCGACCGUAGUUGGGGUUUACAGGACGAGGAGCCUGCUCCUCGAUGUGGACGGGUGGCGCCUUCUUGAUAACUUCCCACGCGUUAGCAUUGACAAAAUCUACGCUUUCCUUCUUGGUCUACAGCAAGACGCCGUUAGUUAAUAAAGUGAUGCCAUAACUCA